UGUCCGUUUACUAAAGAACAUCAGCAUCAAAAUCAAUUGAGAGCAUCGAUUUUUGUUCCUCAAUGGCAAGUGAUGAGCAGAUGAUCAAGAUUGUCGGGGAUCAAUUUUGUGUCCCUUACACAAUGCAGCUGGUUGUGAAGAGAAAAGUAGAGUCAUUUUCCAAUGUACACUACGAUGUGUUUGAUACUACUGGAAAUUCUCUCCUUCAAGUCGAUGGAGGUGUCUGGAACUCCAAAAAGAAAAGGGUCAUCAAAGAUCCUGCUGGUUUUCCUGUCAUCACUCUACGCAAAAAGGCACUGUCCUGGAAAAAGCAAUGGCAAAUCUAUCAAGGUGAAAGCUCAGAGAAAAACCACUUUUUGUGCAGCGUGCAGCGAUCCAAUGCGCUUCAAAUGAAGAACAAUCUUGAUGUUUACUUAGCAAGCAGCUACAUGGAAGAUGGCCCUGAUUUUCAUGUGACUGGAAGUUUCACUUCCAUGUCUUUCAAAGUUUGGAAAGGCAAUUCAGUUAUUGCAGAGGUUAUGCAUAAUUUCACAUGGGGAAGCUGCAUGGGCAAAGAAAGUUUCAAGUUAAAAGUGUAUCCAGAGGUGGACUAUGCCUUCAUUCUAGCUUUGACAGUGAUUAUGCAUGAGACAGACAAAGUAUAAUCUUCAAUCUCUCAAGUUUAUUUGUUUCCGCUUCCCGAAGUCUUUAUAAUUUAUCUUUUGCAGUGUAAAUUUGUACUGCAUUCCUUUGAACAUAUAAACAGUUACCCUCCGAAAA